GGAACUCCUUAUAAUUCUUAUAACCUUAUUAGUAUAGCUAAGAACUACUUAAGACUAUAUAGUAAAGACUAUAAGCUUAAAAAUUAUAAAAAUAUUAUACUUCUUACUAAAGAUAUUAGAAUUAUUAGCCUUCUGCCCCUUACUAUUAAUCUAGUAGAAUAUAAAUACUAUAAUAGGGUUAGUAAGCUAGAGAAAUACUCUCCGCUGUUCUAUAUUCCUAAAGAUAAUUAG